AUGUCGUCUGACGACGCGGCCGACGCGCCCGAGACGGCCGCCGCCUCUGGCACGGCCUCAGUGAUCUUCGCGCUCGGGAGGGUGCUGCUCUCCACGGUCCUCCUGCAGCUGGUCGGAGGCUACAUGAAGGUGACUCGCAUGUUCCCGGCCUCCGCCGAAGCGGGCGUCGGCGCCUUCAUCGGCGGCGUCUCGCUGCCAGCCAUCCUCUUUCGCGCGGUGGCUGCGCUCGACUUUGGGGCGGUCGACCUGUCGCUCCUCGUCGGCACGCUGGUCGGCAAGCUCUGCAUGGUCGCGGCGUCAAUUGUGAUGGGGCAGGUGGCGCGGCGAGGCGCCCUCGUCCCGCCCGGCGAGAGCGAGAUCAACGGCGGCAUGUUUGCGAUCCUGACGACCAACGGCGACGAGCUCGGGCUCGGGCUGCCCGUGAUGGGCGCCCUAUUCCCGCCCGAGCAAGUGCUCGCCUUCAUCCUCCUCGGCGUCGGCGUGGCGCGACGCGACGCCGCGAGGGCUGGCACACCGCCCGAGGCGACGGCCGCCAUCGUCGGCUGCGUGGUGCGCGGGCUGCAGCGCAACCGGCUCGCGCUAGUCACUGCGGUGGCGUACAACGCCGCCUUCGGCCGCCUCAAGGGCGCGCCGCUGCCCUUCUUCCUGGACGACGUCGUCAGCCUGCUCGCGGGCGCGUUCGCGCCGGGCGUCUUUUUCCUCGCCGGCACGGCUAGCGUCGGCUCCUUCUCACAGCUGGCGCGGCUCGACUCGGCGUGGCUCCCCCUCGCGCUGGCGCUGCUCAAGUCGCUCGUACUGCCUGCCAUCAUCAAGGGGACCGUCGCUGCCCUCGGCGGCGACCGGAGCGCGCAGGAGUUUGGCUUCACCUUUGGCGUGCUGCCGGCGGCGGGCUCGUCGCUCGUGUCGGCGUACGCUCCGAGCGCGCAGCAGCUGCUGCAGCUCUCUGCGACGCUCAACGUGGGCAAGGUGGUCGCGUUCCCGCUCCUCCUGCUCGCGGCGGCCAUCCUCUUCGUGAGCGGGGAGGGGCAGGUCACUGCAUGGCGCGUGAGCCACGCCGCGCUGCAGUGCACGCGCGCGCUCUCGCUCGCGCUCACGGCCGCUCUCGUCUCGUCGGCGGCUUGGUGGCGCGCCUGGUGGCGCCCGCCGCUGCGCCGCCUCCUGCUGCUGCUGCCGCUCGAGCUCGGCUACCUAGCGGCGUACCUCUUCCUGGCCGCGUCGGUGACACCCGACGCGGCGGGCGAGGUUGCCGUGUCCCGAUGUGCGUGUGACAUCUCCCCGACGUGUCCCGCAGGCGAGGCACUUAGCCGCGGACCCGUCCCGCCCAGAGUCUGACUCACAGAUCGGCGGGCAGUGGCGGUGGCUCGGCCUCGGCCACGUCGCCGCCCUCUUUGACG